UAUCACUAUGAGUAACACACUAACACUUUACUACAAUCCCGUAUCUAUGCCUUCUUGAGCAGUGCUUGCUUUGUUAACUUUAGGAAAUGUUCCUCACACAGCUAAGGUUGUGGAUUUACAAAAAUAAGAAAACCUUACCCCAGAAUACACAGCUAUUAAUCCAUGCUAAAGUGUACCAGCUUUGGAUGAUGAUGGAUUUAAAUUAUUUGAGAGUCAUGCUAUUCUUAGAUACAUUGUUAAUAAAUAUCAGUUGCAUGAUUUUUAUCCUAAAGUAACUUUAUAUUAUGAUUAUCAUUUUAGGACCCAUAAGAAAUUGCCAAAGUAGAAUGUUAUUUAGAUUGGCAUCAUACAGGCACAAAAUUAGUUUCCAAAUUUGUGUUUGAACACAUAAUUGGACCAAAAAUGAUGG